CCCUUUCACCCCCCCCCCUUUUCUGCUCCCCUUUGUGCUCUGCCCUGUCCUCCCCUCCUCAAGUUAAUUGCAGCCUUAGAGAUGAAUCAUCUUUUGGAUCGUCACUGAAGAUCGUCACUGAAUAACUUACAAGAGCUGUGUUUGUGUUGGUGAAUUUGAGAUAUGUGUGUUGUUUUGUUUGUUCUUUUUUUUUGGCCUGCAUGAAGCAGGUGAAAGAUUCUUCUUAUGCCUCUAUGAUUCUAAUUAUUUCUUGGCAUCAAUCUGAAAUUUGCUGUCUCAUUCAUAUAUGCCUUAUUUGUACCAUACUUAUAUUUAAGGACAGACUUAAAAAAGCAAAAUAACUAUGUCUGUCACAUUUCAGUAGAUCAUUUCUCUACAGAUUUAAUCAGAAAUGUUAAAUCCUGAUUAGAUAGAAAUUAAAUAGGAUUUCACAAACCCUGCUAUGGUCGUGUCUAAGGUCAGGUGAAUUCAUCUGAAGUCUGUGUUCCUUAUAUUGAAAGAUAAUGUGCAACCUCAUGCAAGGAUCUAAAACUGAACACAUGCUGUGUAAUAGAGUGUUAAAUAUCUUUAUGUCCGGAGCUUCUAUAAUCCUUGUGCCAAAGCCACGACCCUGCGUGUGGAUUACUUCUGCCUGAUGGGACGAGAGGUGAUUGACACUGGACAGAGUCCUGAGAUGAAUUUGUACCUGCAUGUGGUGGCAGUGGCGGCAGCGAUUUGGACCGGGAUACAGACAGUGGAGGACACCUGCAGCACUGACUUUAAGUACCAUGUGAACUCCACUAUUGAAUGUGGCUGCUGUCUGCCCGGAUUCUACAAGGAGACAGACUGUACCCAAUCUGGCAAUUCAGCCAAGUGCAUGGCCUGCCCACUGGGGUAUUUCAGUUUGUAUCAUAACCAGGCUACCAGAUGUCAGCCAUGUUCUCUGUCCUGUACACUAAAGAACUCUGAGAUCGUAGAUAACUGUACGAGUCUGUCGGACAUCAAGUGUAAAUGUCGAGUGGGGUUCUACAUGAGCUACCGUACUCCCAGCGAGGCGAUCUGUGAACCACAUUCCAAAUGUCAACCAGGAUUCCACGUCCAAAAACUAGGCACAUCGACAGAGGACACCACAUGUAAAGCAUGUCUCAAGGGAACAUUUCAAAACAGAGAAAAUCUAGAAAGCACAUGUAAAAAUUGUAGCACUUGUUCCGAUCCAUCAGGGGAGAGAAUGGCUUGCUCAAGUCUUUCAGACACACAGUGCAAUGAUGAACCAACAUCUCUUGACAAACAGAACGAGGUGACCACACCACCAGCAGUGAUAGCAGGAGCUGUUGUAGGGGUGAUAGCGGUGGCGGCGGUGGUGAUGGUAGUGACAGUAUUAUGUCACAGACGAGGUCAUCACAUUCCCUGUCUCAAGGUCACGCAGGAAGAAAGACCUGAAGAAUUACAUAUUAUUAGGAGUCCUAAUGGACACACUCAUGUUGAACAAGGACAGCACCAGGAAGGAGUGAGGUCAUCAGAAAAUGGACAUCAUGACUACGCCCUAAUUGUCCCCAACACGGAGGAUUCACCAAAGAGAGACAAACCUGUGAGCCGUCGUGCACUAAUAGAGAAAAGCUGGGCAGACCUAAGUCUCCUGUUACAGAAAGAUCUCCCAAUUUCUGACUGGAAAUUUGUAAUCAGAGAAUUGUAUGGUACGGUUGAUAAAUCUGCUGACCGGGUUCUAGAGGAGCAUGAAGCAAACCAUCCAAGGAACGUGAAAGAACAAAUCUACUGUUGCCUUCAGAGCUUUAGUCAGCAGACAGACAUUUGUUCAUAUGACUUCCAGAAACUUAGAGCCAUUUUGUGUGACCAUGACCACAAUGAACUGGCAGAGAAAAUUCAGAAGGAUGAUCGCUUUAGUCCAUUGUUUCCAGGCAACAGUUGAACAGCGUAAGGUGAUGUUCCGCGGACCCAGUGAUUUACUUGAUCGGAACGUGUGCUCAGAAUGCUGUACGAUUGUCACGGAUGUAGAAUACUUCAAGAAUUCCCAAUGUCUUAUUGCAACCCCAGCAAAAUGACAAACAAAUUGUGUUGUAAUCAAUUCACUCUACAUUGAACAGCGGACGUCAUCCCAUCGCGCAUCCAAUUUGGAUUUUACUACGCCUUAAGAGUGUUAUUAAGAACUUUUAAAAGUGUAAAUGAAUUCACAUAACGUAACUCUCAAAUAUUUUUGACAAGACUUGUACAAACCACAUUCAUACAAAUAACUUCCCCUGUAGAGUAACCUCCCCUUCCCUUAUACACGUAUCUGACUUACAACAUUGCUGUAGAUCAGUCCUUGGAGUGUCUAAAUUGCAUUCUGCAUAUUGGUACUUGUAUGUGUUGUUUUUUAUUUUGAAGGGGAAUGGAUACAAAUUAUGUAAAUGUGGCUUGACACCUACUACAUGAGUAUUGUAGAUUCCUAAACAUAUGUGAGGAAUUUAUUAUCAUAUAAUUUCAUGAGAGCCACCACUCGCAAAAUAAAAACAUGUACCACUUUUAUUCUUGCUGAGAUACAUGUAAAAAUGCUAAUGAACAGAUCACUGGUGAAUUCAUGUUUUUGGGAUUUGAUGUCCACCGAAUUAUUUUGCGAUAUUAUAAACUAGCGUAAAGAUUCUAAAGUGUAAAUAUGUUCGAUAUAUUUUUUGUUGACAGCCUUUUUAGUGUAUGCCUUGGAAAAGUCUACUUAUUUCAAACAAUGAAUCUCAAUAAUUUUGACCCUAUAAUUUUCUAUUUACAAUUUACAGUUCAGGAAAAUCAAUGUACCCAUUAACAUUUGAAGUAGAACAAGGUCACAGUUGAUGUAGAGAGACAUCGUGUCAUGACUUUUGCUGUUUGCUUCAUUAGAUUAUCACACUUUCUUAAUGCACAUUCAUUAUGGAAAACGCAAGGAUUCGCUUCAUAGAUGAUUAUGUUUAUACUUGUAAUACUCCGAGUUUGUUCAUUUCAGAAAUGCAUGAUGACGAUCAUUGAUUGAAAAUAUUCAUAAUAAUCAUUAUACAUAUCACUACAAUUCUCGAUCUCUAUCCAUGAGAGCUAAGGUUGUUUUUGUUUAUCCAAUAUUUUUUCCCCGUUUCUUAUUAUACAUGUCGCUUGUUAUUGUAGAAAACAUUAGUUAGCAGUGUUGUGCAUUAUUUGCUCCGGUUUUCUAGGGUUAAGUCAUUGGUGUGAUUUACAAAUGCAUGCUAGUCAUUUUUAGCUCAACAACGCAUUCAGAGAAUGUUAAAAGAGAUGUGUGUGCCACUUUUGGGUUUUGAUCUGUAAUUGAAUCUUGUUUAUACAUGUAUAUGUGAAAUCUGUUAAAUUCCUAUACAUUGCUCAUGUAUUUAUACAUGUAGUUAAUGGGUCUAUUGAAUUGUGAUUCCGGAUGAACUUUGUGCGAUUAUGAAAUAUUUUUUCUCCCAGUAAAACUGUGUGUAGUUUCUGUUAGUUACAAGGUCUGAGCUGAAUUAAAUUCAGGGUAAAAAGUGGGGCAUUGUCAUGAGAUGGUUAUUUCUCUAUUGGUAUAUUUAAUGAUUUAAUGUGUGGUGUUAUACAUAUGUACAGUUUGUGUGAUUUGUUGUUUUUUCAACUCGCAUAAUCAGGAAAAAGUGUUGAUUUUUUUUUAAUGUUUAUUGUUGUGUUAUAUUUAUGUUCCUUAAUUAAAAAGGAAUUGACUGUUAUACUGUGCAUUCUUUGAACGCCUGACAGUGAAACAAUUUACAAAACAGCAAGAUUAUUACUUAGCUACUGUAAACCAUUUUUUAUUCGCCAUGACUGUAUUUUGCAUCGAUUAAUUUUAGCAACCACAUGAAUAAAUUUGAGCAAUUGCAUCAAUUACUAGUAAAGUUAGCAAACAUAUUGAUUAAUUUUAGCGAACAUACUAAUUUUGAGUGAACACAUCGAUUAAUUUUAGCGAACAUAUCAAUUAAUUUUAGUGAACGCAUUGAUUAAUUUUAGCAAACAAUAUAAUCUUACACAAAAUGCAAGCGACAUUAAUCCCUUACUGUGACGUCAUAGGCAGUGUGAUGCGCAAAGAGAUAAUGGACUGGUUUAUGGUGAAAAUACUUGCAAUGAAGUUCAUGCGAGUGUCGCGAAAAUUUCUCUUUCAUGUGAAUAAAAGUUGGUUUGCAGUAUUUUUCGUAAAUAGUCACUGUAGAUAAGCCAACUUAAUUUAUUAUAUAGAGUGUAAAUAGAUCUUUAAUAUUUAAAUUUGAAUAAUUUAUUUACACAGUGCUAUUUUUCCAUGCACAAUAAACUUUAGUGUAUAAGGGACGAGAUCAAAAGAUCGAUGUCGGAUAAAAAUCUAAAUUCAAAUAGUUAGGGGGAGGGAGGGUAAAAUUUCCUGUAAGUUUCUGUCAUCCGACAUCUAUUACACUUGUGGAAAAAGAAAAAAGACAAAUGAUUGUUGAAAACCACAUAAUAUUACAUUUUAAUGAAUAUAUUUAAUAGAUUUAAUGUACACUUUCAUUUGUGAAUAAACAGUAGAAUAGGUAUUACUGAGUGUUAUUUAUAAUUGUAUGUCUUUACUUGUUCUUACGAUUAGUUUCAACAUUCAUCACAUUUAGUUUUAAGGGGAGAAGUGAAAACUAUGUGAAUUUAGUUUUUUGUCAGACAUUGAUCUUUUGAUCUCGCCCCUAACUGACUUAUUCUAGAUUUGAUUUGUGACAAUGGGUAAAAACACAAGAUUUUUAUAUUGUAAAAAUGAGAUUUACCUACAAAAAUAUAUAUGAAAUGACCUACAUGUAUUCUCCUUUUCUACGUAUGAAUGUUUUUGAAAUCCUUUUUAUUUUGUGAGUAUUGCCUGAUUAGUAAUUUAGUGUCAAAUUGAAUGAAUUCAAACUGUAUUUGAAUGAAGCUCCAUUUCGUAUUAUUUAUAACUGUAUAUACUGUAAAUACUAUAUUGCUGUAAAUGUAUUAUAUUUAGCGGUACGAUAUUUGGCAGAAAUUUAUUUUUCAACAAGUUAGCGUAGAUUUGGUUUGUAAUUGUGCUAUAUAAAGAUCCAUAAACGCAAGACAUUUAAAUGCGAAAGUGAUGGACUUGAAUUAGUGGUAGCUGCUUUCUGUGAGAGGCGUUAAAUAACGUAGAAUUGAAUUAGUGGUAGCUACUUUCCGUGAGUGGCAUUAAAUACCGUAGAAUUGAAUUAGUGGUAGCUGCUUUCCGUGAGUGGCAUUAAAUACCGUAGAAUACUUAGCCGAAUAGAAUACAUUUACAGUAAUACUUGUGCUAUUUUUACAUGGAUCAUUAAUGAUCAGAUAGUACCAGAAUGCAUCAGAUAGUCCCAGAAUGCAUCAGAUAGUCCCAGAAUGCAUGACAUAUCACCAUUCUCAGUAUUCAAGAAUUUCAUAAAAUUUUGUUUCAAUUAAAUACUGUUCAUAUAAACCAGUGAUUAAUGUGUUUGUUGUGUUAUUUAUGUUUGUUGCUGAGAUUCUUCAGUUGGACUGAUUUUAUCCACUUCGUUGGAGUCUGACUUUGUCAAAGUUCAAUAAAUGAUAGAAAAUCUU